AAAGAGUAUUGUGAAGGAUUGUGUCCGUAAUCAGCAAUUAUCUCUUGGUAUGCUUAACCAGAGAGUGAGGAAGCUGGUUUAGCCGGUUUAGGUAAUAACCAGGUCACAUGUGUUGCACGUGUGUAGUCUUUGUAAACGACUAAGAUAACGUCGUCUUCCUCCUCUUAUCUUUGUGAUCUUGAUGAGUCUGUUGUAACAGAGCACAGAGAGAGAGAGAGCACCAUUGUAACCGAUGAGAGCUCUAGUUUGAGUUACUCUAGUGGAUUGCUGGCUGAGCCAGCCCCGGUGAGUAUAGCGGCUUUUCCACGUUGGAGGAGUGCGGUGAACACCGGGUAAACAAUCAUGUGUCUCUUUCGUUUGUGCUUGUUCUUGAUUGUUCUUAGAUUGAUCUCCAAAUCCGAGUAGAUUCAUGGUAGGAAUCUCACAAAUUGGUAUCAGAGCCUGGUUUUAGCUAUUCGUGGAUUUGGUGACAUCGCGAGCUUUGGUGAUGUGGAAUCGGCGAUACGGAAUCGAAGGAAAAGAUUCGGGUGAAACGAAUCGCAUCGUUGUGAAGAACAAGAUCGUUACGGAGGAAGAGCAAGGAAGAAUCAGAGGAUCUAGAUUCUCCAAUCAUCGCGACUCGAAGAGUAAGAUCGAAGAUGAGUUCCGAGGUAUGCGACGGUGUAACGCGAGGGAAGGUACGCGACUGUGCAAGAAGACGGAAGGAUGAAGAUGAUCUUGGAAACACUCGUCGAAGUUACAGAGAAGACGUCAAGCUCGAUAGGAAGAACUCAAUCAGAUGAUUUCAAGAUUAUGAAAUCAUGAAGCAGUAAGUUAAACUCUCUACUCUCCGGUGAUGAAGAUGUAUGUUAUUGCGAGAAGAAUAUGGAGCUUGCAGGUUCUUAAGACAUCUCAAGUACAGAGAAUAAGAAUCAGAGUUUGAAGCAAGCAGUAUCAGGUUGAAAAGGAAGCUGCUACAACAGAAUGAGAUUGAAGAAGGAGAUUGAUAAGUGGUUGAAAGCUUGUUCAAAUCUCGAGUUUAAAUCUGCUGCAAUCACAGAGAUACUGUGAUGAGAUAUGUUACUGUUUCUGGAGGCUCAUGGAUGGUUCUUCAAAAUCAGAGUGCAAGAUAGGUGGAACACAAGAUUUAUCUACAGGCUUUAUCGGUAUUAAGUCUAGAUUAAGGUACAAAUCCGGAUGUACCUUGAUCAAAUCAGUUUGGUAAAGGUUUGCUAUCAGUUUGGUGUUCAAGCACAUUCAAGACAAGUAAGCUGUUGAAGUGAGAUUCUUUACUCUAGGGGACGCCUUAGUUUGAGGACUCUUUGGCUUAUUUGAGAAAUGGUUAAACGCUCUGUGGUUUUGAGAAGAAGAGUAUAUGCUGUUAUGAAGCAAUGGUUUUCUGCAGAUUGUUGGGUUGUGAAACCUUAGGAGGAUCAAAGGUUUCAGGGUAAACGGUUACGAUUUCAGGUUAAGUUUUCAGAGGUUUCAGUCGCAGGAUUAUAAGUCAGAUUCAUUGGGUAAUGAGAAGCUUCUGGUUGUAAGAAGAAAGUGUAGGAGGCAGCCUGGGUUUGAGGUAUCAGUCGUAAGUUCAAGGGAUCAGACAUGUGUGUCGAGGUUGGUGUCAUGCAGGUUUGAUCAAGUCAGAUAUGGGCUGAGUACUGUCACGAAAAGUGGUGCAGUAAGAUGGUGAGCUUUCAGGGUAUGAAACAUGAAGAAGGUGUUACAGGAAGAGCUUAAAGGAGUCAACCACAGUCUACACAAGAUCAAAGAAAGGUUCAGGAGAAGAAGUUUCAGAAUCUAAAGAAAUCUGAGAGGAACUUCAAUAAAGGGUUUGCCAGAACGGUUUGAUAAUGAGAAAGCUACAAGUGAGAAUGAGUGAUGGCAGCGCAGCAAGUUGGAGUUCUCACAGGCCAUGAGGAGAUGAACGUCAAGGUACAAGGACAAGAGUCAUGGCGCAUACUGAUGGUAGAAUCAGUAGAAAAGAAAUCAGUGGAGAAAAGGUUUUCUUCUGUUAUUUUUCCACUAGUUCAUGAGUCAAGUAAACGGAAGCUUGGCUGGUGUUUAAGGAUGACAGGAAAGACUCAAGACAGCAAGGAGAAGUCACAGGAUAUUCAUCUAGGGUAAUUUUGCAGUAUUGUUUACAAGGAAGAUCUUUAUUUCUGCAAAAGGAGAUGAGAAGUUUUGUAAAGGAAAUUUCAGAGACUUCAAGUUCUGAGUGGGUUCAUCAGAAGGCACAGCAAGGAGAGUCAAGAUGUCAGGGAUUAUCACAGUUACAGUCACCCAAAGGAAGGAAUGGUCAGAACAUUCAAAGCUGGCACGGUUGAGUGAAGCAUGAAGAAAAGCAAGGCUUAUGUCAGGUCCUUUGAUGUAAAGACAUAUUUUGAAGUAGCUGCAGCGAGAGGACCUGUGUGUAUCAUCAGUUAAAGUGCAGAAGGUUUAAGUUUUGAGAAUGGAAGCUAAGUGUGAGAAUCAAAAGUGAAGUCUGAAUGAGUUUUGCUUCAGGUGGAGUCUUGUUACUACAUGGUUUGUAGUGCACACCAGCAGGUGUUUUUGACUCCAGUGGGAGCUUGGUUUAUUCAGAAGGUCUCACAGGUUAUUUCAGUUUGAUGAGGACAGGAUAAUCAGUUUGCAAGAGUUAUGAAGAUUCUGGUUGGUUCAGUGUGGUAUGAUGAACAAAGAGUCAAGUGCAGACAGUUGUCAUCAUCAGAUUGAAAGCUCAGCGAGGUUAUAUGCAGAUGAGUUCAGUGGUUAUUGGAUACUGAAGAGUGUGUAAUCAGCCAGCCAGUGUGUUCAUCACAGAAAUGCUACAGAGUCGUCAGUUCAGAGACGUCAAGGCAGGUAUACUGAAUAUAUUCUUAAACAGAACUAAAGUUUUGUUUUGCAGGUUCUACAGAACAAAAGGAUACUUAGUUCAAGGUGGAGCUGCUUCACAGAUGAUCAAGUUCUAUCAAGUUCAGAUCCUCAAGACUAAGCUACAGCAAGAAGAAAAGAGACUAUAGAAGUGGUUUGCAGAGUUCUUUGAAGGCAGAAACUGAAGGAGAUGGAAAGCAGAGUUUCGAUAAGUUUUCUCAAGGGUAAUACUUCAGUUUUAAAGGUCAGAGAUUGUUUGCUUGUAGUAAGGACAACUACAAAGGACUUCUGAGUUGUUUUAAGUGCAUCAUAUGAAGGCUUGGAGUAAUCUUCUCAGUAAAGGCGCUUGGGUAAAUCAAGUGAAGGUAUAAAGAUCAGAAGCAUGGUAAAAUGAAGCUGAUGGACAGAGAGAGAUUGCAGUGAAGUCUAGAAGAAUCAGAGAUGCAGGUACAGAGGUAUUUUGGUGAAGUUUGCAGGCGGGUAAGAGCCAUUGCAGGUCACUGGAUCAGAAGAAGUGUCUCAGGGGUAUUGCGGUUUUGUGAGUUUGAGACAGGGAUAAAGAAGGCAUCAAGUGGUUAGUUUUGGUUAGUUGAAGAUUUGUUGAUGCAGAUCAGUUUGAGCAGAAUUUGAACAGAGAUUAUCUACAUCGAAAGUCUUCUUAUCCGAGUUGAGUUAGGCGGCGUGUCCUGCUAUCAUCAGCAGCGGUGUAGUGUAAUGUUCAAGUCCAGUAAGUUCAAGCAGGCAGAGGUGUUCAGUUCUUCAAGAAGUCUCGAGCAUUGGAUUCACAGUUUUUGGCAGUAUAGUUGGUGAUCUUCAGUUGCAGCAACAGUUAAAGGUGGAGCUUAUGGUUUUAUCUUGGUGGUGUUGUAGAGUGGUCAUCUAAGGUUCAGGUUAUGGAGAAUGCCAGAGGAGAAUCAAGUUGAGUAUAACUCAAAGGUGUAUGGCUCUUGUUUGCAACCUAAUAAGACUUGAGAUUUUUUUUUUUUUUUAAUAGCUCAAGAUGGUGGUGUGGUUCAUGUUACAGCUAGAGUUCAGUGAGUAUGUCAAGUCUGUUUUGGGAGUUAAUCAAGAGUUUGGAGGCUGAAGUUACUGAAGCACAGAGGAUCGGUUUAAAGGUUCUCAAAGGAAGCAUCAAGGAGGUUUUCAGGUUGUAUCAAGACAUAUACUUAAGGGACGCUUGGAGAAAUUUGAAGAAGCGUUGGAGUUGAGUGGUGAAGCUCAGGUUGAGCAAGUUUGCUCAGAAGAUAAGAAGCUGAAUGAGUAUUAUUCAGGGAGAUAUCAAGCUGGAUGGGUUUUAUUCAGGAAGAUAUAAAGCUGAGAAAGUAAUAUCUCAGGAAACUGCAAGAAGAUGCAUAGGAUGCGGGAAGAUGCAGAGAAUGCAAGGAGUUGCAGAGUAGUUGCAAAGACGUUGCAGAGAAGUUGAGCGGGUUUGCUCCUAGAGUCGGAGGUUGAAUCCGAGAUGAUCCACUAGAGAAGAAGCUGAUGAAGGACAAGGUGGAGAUUGUGAAGGAUUGUGUCCGUAAUCAGCAAUUAUCUCUUGGUAUGCUUAACCAGAGAGUGAGGAAGCUGGUUUAGCCGGUUUAGGUAAUAACCAGGUCACAUGUGUUGCACGUGUGUAGUCUUUGUAAACGACUAAGAUAACGUCGUCUUCCUCCUCUUAUCUUUGUGAUCUUGAUGAGUCUGUUGUAACAGAGCACAGAGAGAGAGAGAGAGCACCAUUGUAACCGAUGAGAGCUCUAGUUUGAGUUACUCUAGUGGAUUGCUGGCUGAGCCAGCCCCGGUGAGUAUAGCGGCUUUUCCACGUUGGAGGAGUGCGGUGAACACCGGAUUCAUGGUAGGAAUCUCACAAGUAUUAUCAUAAACUAGUCAAGCUUGGAUAACAUGGGAUGCACAACAGAGGAUCUCACCUUACCUGGGCAUCAUAAUUCAUAACAUCCAUCUUCGUGUCCCAAAGAAUAUUGAUUGAUUUCUCAAAUACUUCUGGAAAAUCUCAAAAGUAGUCGCUAUGCAGUCCCAAUACGAUGUUACUACUCUGUACCAAGAAGGGCAGACUCGUUGGUUGAAACCUCCCGAGGUGCACUUCAUUUUGCUGAAUCAUGAACGAUAUCAGUUAACUGAUAAGCCACCUCAUAAGCCUUCAAGUGGAUCUUUGUUUCUUUACAAUAAAAGGGUUCUUAAGUUCUACCGUGUUUGAUCAAAAAAAAAAAAAAAAAAAGUUCUACCGUAAAGAUGGACAUCAAUGGAAGAAAAAGAAGGAUGGUAGAGCUAUUGCUGAAGCUCACGAACGGCUUAAGUUUUUUUAAAAAAAAAUUACUUCAAUUUGUUGCUAUGUUCGUGGCGACUAGAUGUUGAUUUGAUAAUAGUUGAAGAUUAUUGCUCUACUUUUGUUUCCAAGAUAUUUUGUCUUUUUUUCUACUUUAGAUAUGCAGGGGGUCUCUGAUAUGUUGAAGGCUCUAAACAAUUUAGUGGGUAACGCGGAGGCUUUACAAUGUUAUUAUGCACAUGGAGAGCAUGAGCCUUCUUUUCAAAGGCGUAUCUACUGGAUACUAGAUCCGGAAUACGAACACAUUGCCCUUGUUCAUUACAGGGAUGUGAGUGAUGUUAAAGAGGUAAAACAAACUGGUGGAACUGUUCUGCAGUUUUCACUGAAUCCUUCAACUCUCUUUACAAGUCCAGGCUACAGUAGUCACUGCAUUGGUGUCUCUAGCGACAUACGUCAUCAGCAGCAUUCAUCUACUUCGGCGGCGGGCAACGUAGAGGUUAACUCUAAUAGUAACGGAGGAGUUGAGACCCGGAAAGGCAGUGGAAGAAGUUCUUAUGAGCGGGAGGCUUUAAAGAGGCUUGAGGAACAACUUAGUCUUGGUGAUGAUGAUGAUAAUGUUGUUCAAAACGAAAGUUUGGAUAGUCUCCAGUUUCUAGAUAUUGAACACCUUGUUCCACCAGCAAUUGUACAUCAGAGACCAGAGACUAGCAGCAAACUAGGGAGAUGUUACGGAGGGUCUGUUGGACCCCAGUAUAAUACUGUUGGUCCACUCUACUAUCAUAAAGAGAGUUUGGAGAGUCUCUUAUCUUCAGAGUGUAGUGAGGAUACCAACCACCUUGCUCAACCAGCAGCUGGACAUCAAAGACCGGAGAGUAACAGACUGGAGCGAUGUUUAGGAGGGCAUAUUGGAGCCGAUUAUCACUCCAACAAUCUCAUGCUCGUAAAGAAUGAUUCAGAUGGUAGUGGAGGGAGUGGUGAUCAAAAGCCUAAGUAUUGGAAAGAUGUGCUGGAGGCAUGUGAUUCUUCUAUAGCUCUUACCUCUGAGGGAAGCACACCAAGUUCAGCGAAAGGAUUGUUAGCUGGAAUGCAGGAAGAUUCUAACUGGAGUUACAGCAACCAGGCUGACCAAGCUACACUGUUGUUGCCUCAAGAACUUGGUUCUUGUUUUGAACUUCCUACUUGUUAUUCUGAGCUGAGAGCUCGGGAAAAUAAUGCCGACAACAGUAGAAUGAAGCAGCCUUUCGAGCAAGUAAUGAGUCAGACGGUUGCAUAUAAGCAAAAGUUUACUAUCCAGGACAUAUCACCAGAGUGGGGUUACGCCAAUGAAACUACAAAGGUGAUAAUCGUUGGAUCAUUUCUCUGUGAUCCAAAACAAUCUACAUGGUCUUGCAUGUUUGGGAGUACUGAAGCUCCUUUCGAGAUCAUCAAGGAAGGCGUCUUACGGUGCCAAGCCCCUCCAUGUGGCCCUGGAAAAGUCAAUUUAUGCAUUACUUCUGGAGAUGGACUCUCGUGUAGCCAAACAAAGGAGUUUGAGUAUCAUGACAAGCCUGACACAUCUUCUUUCCCCAAGUGCAGUCGAGAUGAGCUUUUGUUACUUGUAAGGCUUGUGCAAACACUUGUAUCAGACAGUAAAAGUAACCUAGAGCCGUGGAGCCAUAUCUUAGAAACGGUUCUAGAUGGCACUGCAACAUCAUCAAGUACAGUUGAUUGGCUUCUACGAGAACUGCUUAAAGACAAGCUGGAUGCGUGGCUGUCUUCAAGAACCCGCCAAGAUGAAGAAGAUCAACCAUCUUGUUGUUCUUUGUCAAAGCAAGAACAAGGCAUUAUUCAUAUGGUUUCAGGCCUUGGCUUCGAGUGGGCACUCCAUAUAAUUCUUGCCUGUGGAGUCAGUGUGGAUUUUCGUGAUAUUAAUGGAUGGAGUGCUCUGCAUUGGGCUGCACGUUUCGGGAGUGAAAAGAUGGUAGCUGCCCUUAUAGCUUCAGGGGCAUCAGCUGGAGCAGUGACUGAUCCCACUGCACAAGACCCGGCUGGUAAAACCGCAGCUUCAAUAGCUGCCUCUAAUGGCCACAAGGGUCUUGCAGGUUAUCUAUCAGAGGUGGCGUUAACAAACCAUCUCUCCUCGCUCACACUCGAAGAAACCGAAAAAUCUAAAGAGACUGCUCAGUUGCAAGCAGAGAUGACUUUGAACUCCAUCUCAAAACGAAGUCCAUAUUCACUUAAAGACACACUAGCUGCAGUGAGAAACGCAGCUCAAGCAGCUGCGAGAAUCCAAGCAGCGUUUCGUGCACAUUCGUUCAGAAAGCGACAGCAGAGAGAAGCAGCUGCUUACUUUCGAGAGUAUGGGAUCUAUGCAGAUAUUAAAGGCAUCUCGGCCAUGUCUAAGCUAGCGUUUGGAAAUGUAAAGAACUACCAUUCGGCUGCUUUGUCUAUUCAGAAGAAUUACCGCCGGUAUAAACGCCGUAAAGAGUUUCUCUCGCUUCGCAAGAAAGUUGUGAAGAUACAGGCUCAUGUUCGAGGUUACCAGAUAAGGAAGCAUUACAAGGUUAUCUGCUGGGCGGUAGGGAUAUUAGAUAAGGUUGUGCUGAGGUGGAGAAGAAAAGGAGCUGGGCUAAGAGGGUUCAGGCAAGACGUGGAAGACAGUGAAGAGGAGGAAGACAUUCUCAAGGUGUUCCGUAAGCAGAAAGUAGACGUUGCAGUGAACGAGGCUUUCUCACGUGUUCUGUCGAUGGCUAACUCUCCAGAGGCUCGCCAGCAGUACCACCGCGUGCUCAAGAGAUACUGUCAGACAAAGGCUGAGCUUGGCAAAACAGAGUCAUUAGGAGCAGGUGGUGACGAGGAUGACGAUUUGUUUGACUUGGCUGAUAUGGAAGAUGACAGUUUGUUUGCACUUUAGAGGUUUCAGUAGUGUGUAGUAGUAAGAUCACUAGAUCUUAUGAAGUUUCAAGUGUGAGUAGUUCUGUAAAGUUGCAAUGAAGAAGAAAACAAGGAAGAAGAUGUUCUUCUUACUUGUUGGUAGUAGUAGUGACUAGCGUCUGUAAAUGAUUUCUUUACAAAACAAAUAUGCAUUUACUUUGUUUUUAUUUUACAUGCAUUAAAAAGUUGAUAAAUUCAAUAA